AUGGCGGCGGCGGAGCUGGAGAGGGUCCGCGUCUCGGCUGCGGAGUUGAGAAGGGGGAUUCUGGCGGCGGAAGCGGCGCUGGGGAGGGGCGGCCCAGAGACCAUGAAGGAACCUCGGCAUCGUAAAGACAAUAGGCGCCCUGACCUUGAAAUCUACAAACCUGGCCUCUCCCGUCUGCGGAACAAGCAUAUCUUAGUAAACCAGGAGCCUGCUGGACCUGAAGAAGCCAAGGAAAGAACGGCAGAGGAUAGAGGCCCUUCUGCUCCUACUCCCAGCAAAGAGGAAUCCCAUGACUCUCAAGACCCACAAGGAGGAAGCAAGCAGAAUCUAAAUAGCUCUUCAGAACAGAGCGUUGGGAUGGGGCUCCCCCAAGACCAAAUGAAUGUCCCUGAAGACUGGUGUCCAAAGAUUGUCAGGCGAGUCAAGAAGCCAGACCAGCAGAUCUACCAGCCUGGGAAACGCCUGCAAACCUUGUCCAAGGAGAACACCAGCCAGUCCGCUACCAAGGAAUCUUCCAUUAAGGGAGAGAGGCAUGAAGAAUCUGAAAGGGAUACUGGUAAGACCAACAGCAACAGGAAGCAGGCGGCCCAAGAGGUGAGGGAAGGGAGCCUAAGCAAAGAAGGACCCAAACCUGCUCAUGGUGAGAAGGGCAAGCGAGCUGAGCGAGCAGACAGAGCCAAGAAGGUCAGCACAGAUACGGCUCAUGGCAAGCUCAGCACUCCCAAGCGCUAUUCUCGUUCUGACAAACGCCGAAACAGAUACCGCACCUGCAGUACCAGUUCAGCUGGGAGUAACAACAGUGCAGACGGAGUCCGCGGGGACCCAGAGGCAGGGAAGAGGCGUCAGGAGCUGAUAAAGGAAAGGCCUCGCUCCUGGAAGCAGCUCUCUACUUCCUCUACAGACUCCCUCGAUGAUGACAGGACUGUGGAGGCAGAGGCACAUGGCUCCAGGAGGGAUUUGGGGACCAAACAGUGCUCAGAGCACAACUGGGCUUCCAGGACCACUGAUAAGAAGGAGGCCAAAGGAGCCCAGCAUGGUGGCAGGACUGGAAAUAGGGAGCUACUCUGUACGACAGAUGGGGACCAGCAGAAGCGCAAGCUAUCUGGAGCCAGUUUGAGUGACUCCACAGAGACUGGAGAGGGGAAAGGCUUGAGGAGGGAGCCCCCAGGGAGAGGCCGGGGCAUCCUUGUCCUCCCAGCUAACACAGACCUUACUCGAAGUAGCGCUGGCUCUCCUGAGGCUCCCCACUCAGGGUCCAGGCUCCUUUUUGGAGGUAGCAGCAAGGGGACCCGGGGCAAGGGCCGAGGGGGCACUGCCCGCCGACUUUGGGACCCAAAUAACCCAGACCAAAAGCCAGCACUGAAGAGUCAGACUGCCCAGUUGCACUUCCUAGACACUGAUGACGAGGUGGCUCCUGUACCUCGGGGUGACACCCGCCAGGCCCCGGCAUCAUACUACAGGUUCCAGAACUCAGAUAACCCCUACUACUAUGGCCGUUCUGUGGGCCAGGCCUCCUCGUACCCCUACCCAGGAUAUUCACUGCAGUAUCCGGCGGGCCCCAGCAAUGGGGUUUUCCCAGGUGCCUAUUAUCCCUCCAGCUACCCAAACCCAGCAGACCCUUAUCUUUGUAUCCCCCUCCUGGCCAGUCCUCUGAGCCCUGAGAUGGAGCAGCAGGUACGGAGCCUACAGCAGCAGGAACUCAGUAAGGUUCUUCGCGAAGCCAGCAAUCUGGAGCAGCAGCUGAGCAAUCUCCUUUCCAGGGACCGGCUCAGUCCUGAGGGCCUGGAGAAGAUGGGGCAGCUCAGAGCUGAGAUGCUGCAGCUUUAUGAGCGUUGCCUCCUGACUGACAUCGAGUUCGCUGACACCCAGAACGUGGACCAGCUGCUAUGGAAGAACGCCUUCUACCAGGUGAUUGAAAAGUUCCGGCAGCUGCUCAAGGACCCUCUUGCGGAGAACAGCCAGGAGCUCCGCAGCAAACUGCUCCAGAUCCUGGAUGAGGGCACACUUUUCUUUGACAGUUUGCUGCAGAAGCUGCAAGUGUCAUACCAGUUCAAGCUGGAGGACUAUAUGGAUGGCAUGGCUGUUCGUAGCAAGCCCUUGCAGAAGAUGGUAAAAUACGCUCUCAUUAGCGCCCAGAGGAGUCUGAUCUGCCAAGGAGACAUCUGCAGGUACAGGGAGCAAGGCAGCGACACAGCCAACUACGGAAAAGCACGCAGCUGGUACCUGAAGGCACAGCACGUUGCCCCCAAGAAUGGACGUCCGUACAAUCAGUUGGCUCUCCUGGCUGUCUACACGAGGAGGAAGUUGGAUGCCGUGUACUACUAUAUGCGCAGCCUGGCUGCCAGCAACCCCAUCCUCACUGCCAAGGAAAGCCUUAUGAGCCUCUUCGAAGAGAUCAAGCGGAAGGCUGAGCAGGUGGAACAGAAGCAGAGCCCCAGCUGGAGGGGGAAAGGGAAGAAUGCCGCCUUCCGGCCUGUUGGUGAUGAUGCCACCCGCCUGGAGCUAUGGAUCCAUCCUUCCCACACCCGCUCCUCUCAGGGCCACGAGUCUGGCCGGGACUCAGAGCAAGACAAUGGACUCGGGAGCCUCAGCCCCAGUGAUCUGAACAAAAGGCUUGUCCUGAGUUUUCUACAUGCCCAUGGGAAGCUGUUUACCAGGAUUGGAAUGGAGACGUUCCCUACAGUGGCUGCAGAGGUUCUGAGUGAGUUCCAGGCGCUGCUGGAGCACAGCCCCCCACCCAUCGGAAGCACCCGCAUGCUGCAGCUCAUGGCAAUCAACAUGUUUGCUGUGUACAAUGCUCAGCCCAAAGAGUGCCUCUCUGAAGACUGCCGCUCAGUGAUCCAGGAACACGCCACAGCUCUUGGACUCUCCAUGUUUGCCAUAUUAGUCAACCGCUGCACUGUCUUGCUACAAGAAGCCUCCCUCGCAGGGCAGCAGGGGAGCUCCACCGAGGGUGACAUCAAGGUCUCCUCCUUGCCGCAGGAUGUCAAGGAACUUCUUCCAAGCAUCAAGGUCUGGUCAGAUUGGAUGCUUGGCCACUCGGACACCUGGAAUCCCCCGCCCAACACUCUGGAGCUGCCUAGAUCAGUCGCAGUGGACGUGUGGGCCACCUUGGCUGACUUCUGCAACAUCCUGACGGCCGUGAACCAGUCGGAAGUGCCCCUCUACAAGGACCCGGACGAGGACCUGGCCCUGCUUAGCCUGGAGGAGGAUCGGCUGCUCUCAGGUUUCGUCCCACUGCUGGUUGCCCCUCAAGAGCCCUGCUACGUGGAGAAAUCCUCGGACAAGGUUAUUGCGGCUGACUGCAAGAGGGUCACGGUGCUGAAGUAUUUCCUGGAAGCCCUUUGUGGCCAAGAAGAGCCAUUGCUGGCAUUCAAGGGUGGAAAGUAUGUGUCAGUGGCCCCCGUCCCAGACGCCAUGGGAAAGGAAAUGGCAAGCCAAGAGGGAAAACAACUGCAAGAUCAGGAGGAGGAUGUCAGAAUUGAGGCCAUUGAAGAUGACUCGGAGGCCGAAGGCAGUGGCGGAGAGUUGGACAUCAGGGAGCUCCGGGCUAGGAAGCAAGCGUUGUCCAGGAAGGUUGCAGAGCAGCAGCGACGCCAAGACAAGAUCCAGGCGGUGCUUAAGGACCAAGCACAGGUGAGGCAGAUGGAACUGGAGAUCCGCCCCGUCUUCCUAGUGCCAGACACGAACGGUUUCAUUGACCACCUGGACAGUCUCACCAAACUUUUAGACUGCCGGCAGUUCAUCAUAGUGGUGCCUCUGAUUGUAAUAAAUGAAUUGGACGGGCUGGCCAAGGGCCCUGAGUCAGAGAACCGAGCUGGGGGCUACGCACGCCUGCUGCAGGAGCGGGCCCGCAAGGCCGUUGACUUCCUGGAAGCACGCUUUGAGCAACGAGACAGCUACAUGCGAGCCCUCACCAGCCGGGGCAACGAGCUGGAAUCCAUCUCCUUCCGCAGCGAGGACAUUUCCAGGCAGCAGGGCAACAACGAUGACCUGAUCCUUUCCUGCUGCCUCCACUACUGCAACGACAAGGCCAAGGACUUCAUGCCAGCAAGCAAAGAUGACCCAAUCCGGUUGCUUCGAGAGGUGGUGCUGCUGACAGACGACCGGAACCUGCGUGUGAAGGCGCUGACCCGCAACGUGCCCGUGAGGGACAUCCCCACUUUCCUGAGGUGGGCGCAGGAGGGCUGAGCAGGCCAAGGCCAUCCCCGGAAGCCAUGCAGCUCUUUGCCUUCGAGAAAGGGUGACCUUGAGGUGGUGGGCCUUGGGCCGAGCCGCAGCAGCUGCCACUGCCGAACCAGAACAAUAAAUGCAGCCUCUCCAACCCCACCCAGAAUGGCCAUCCUGUGGGUGCAGGAGGAGGAGGAGGAGAGAGACGCACGCUGGGAAGGUUGGGGGCUAGAAUGCUUAGGAUUGUGCAGGGCCUUUGGACGGGGAGCAAAGUGCCCCAGGAGAGGCCGGAGGGGGGUGGUCCCUUAACUCCUCCAUCUGUGGAAGGCCAAGAUGAGGCCACGGAGCGUGUGGAAGUUGGAAACUGUUUCUGUUGGGCCCGACCCCUUUCCCUUUGAACAGCGGCGCCUGGGCACCAUGUCAGCAUAGCCCCCUUUUUUGACGCCUCCCAAGUGUCUGUGCCAAGCUCGCUGGCCCUGGCCUGGCUGCUCUGCCACCUUUGCACCUGCCCACUCCUCUUGUUGUGCACUUGCCUCAGGGUGUCUGACACCACUCCCUUCUGCCACUCCCCUUUAGGAGUCCUUUGGCUGUUGUCUCUCACCCCACCCCCUGCAUAAACUAGUUCCCCCCAUUGGUGUGGUUUUGAGGGGAAAUUAUAGGCUGGAGCUGAUGGGCAGGGAUGUUGAUCCCUUUGUGAAGAAGGACAUGAGGUAACAUGGAGGGAAACUGAGUUUUCACAGACACCCCACUGACACCUCUUUGGAGACCUAGCAGGGAGAACGCUCUGCUGUACGACUUUGUCCUGCCAGGAGACUGAAAGGCUGGCUGUAUUGCCUGUGGGGAGGCGUCUCAUCUGCCAGGGGCUUUCCAGCCCCAUUGUUGCUCUUCCACAGGGCCUUGGGUCAGGGGCAGCUCUGGAUCAGUGAGCAAAGACCAGGUGUUGGGACCUGGUAUGUGUCAGAAAAUGACUUUGACUCUAGCUUUGCUCCUUUUGAGAGUUUGGUGGAGGCAGGCCCCUGGCCAUUACAAGCUGGUCCAGAGAGGGAACAAUCUCUUAUGUCUGUGGGGCUCUGCACUCAGCAUCAUCGGUGCUUGCAUCCAAAGCAAAGGCAAGUAUCCAUCUCAGUUAAGAAGGGCCGGACGUAGCAGUUUCUUGCAAGUAAGCUGCCCCCUCGUUUUGCUUUUACCUGCCUGGGUUUUAUCUGCCUGGGGGACUUUUGCUGAUUUGUGUUACAUUGUUUUCUUAAUAAAAAUUUUAGUAGGGAA